CCUUCUGUCCCUGUGCCCGCCCCUCCCUCCGCCCCCUCCGGGCAGGACUUAGACUAUUUAGGUUUUGGCCAAAGCAGUCUCCCCUUUCAGAGGGCCCGGGUGGGAGUCCGCCAAGUUCUUGGCAGUUGAGCAGGGGCAGAGGGAAGAAGCAGGAAGGGGUCCACUUAUUGGAACAAAUACUUAGUAAGGAGGGGAGAGCAGAUGGCUGACGCUUUUCAAGAACUUCCAUCGCAGCUAUUCGGGGCCGCAGGCGACACCAGCUGCUUGGCUUGGUGCUACCUCUGCUGCCCAGUACAGUGUUGCUGUCACCCAGGGUCCAAAGCCGGCAUGGAAGACUGGGAGGGACACGGCGUGUGGCUAGGAGGCCCUCCCUCCUCAGCCUGGCUCUUAUUCCCUGCUCUCGCUGUCUCACCCUCCCCCAGUCUGCUCCGCCCUGGGGAUCUCAGCUGGGUCUGGCAUCACUCGGAUUGCCAUGCCACACUCAUUCGGCGGCCACCCAGUAUAGCCACGGGCUGCCUGGUCUACCCUUCAGGCCUCGGACCGUAUCUCCUAACCCUCUACCCUCCAAGCCAGAACCCUGCCAGACUGCCACACUCAAUGCCUGAUUCUCUCUGUUCCUGUAACCCCCUCCCCUCUGAGCAUGAGCAGGAAUUCCUGGUCCUGGCACUUUCUCCAGACCUCCUGCUCUGGUCCAACAAGAGCACCCUUUGGCGGAAACGGACCCUUCCCAGAUGUCCUAAGGACCCCGACAGGCUUCCUACUCCCGUCUUCCUGAGGCCCCUUCCGUACUGCAGUCUCUCCCCCCUGCCAGCUCAACCGCCCUGUUCUCAGUGCCACGUCCCCGGGCCUCGGCGCUCCCCUCUGUAUGCUGGUUACUCUCAGUCACUGCGGACCAAAACGGAGGUUUCCCUCCCGGGUUUCAUUGUGGGUCCAGGGGGUUGAGGGGAAAAGCCAAAAGGUCAUUCAGCCCCCAACCAGGUGGGCAUGGGGAGCGAUUGAUAGCCCUUCCCCAAAUCUGAGCCCUGGCGCCUCACUUGUUACUAGCCCCUUCUCUCGUUCUGAUAGACCCCUAUCCUUCAAGGCGUUCUGGCCACUGCCACCGACCCUACGACCUGGUUCCUGGAACCCCCUAGGGGAUGCGGAUCGUCCCGACAGGCCAGGCCAGCUGGUGCACUUCACAAGCCAGCUCCUGGUCCUCGCCCCGCCAUAGGGUUGUAACUCGAGCCGCCCGCCGCCAACCCCCCUCCCACUCUGCCCCAACUCUGCGGUCCAGGUCCCUGUGUCGCGCUGCUCCUUGUGGCCCUGAACCCGACAGCAAGUCUGCCAUGGGCUGUCGGGCCUGCGUCGAUCUGGAGGCAUCGGGUGUUGUACAACAGAGCCGCUGGUUCGGGGCUGUGCUGAGUGGGUUGUGCCUUCUCUCCGCGCUGGUGUUGCUGGAGUGGCCAAGGGCGCCGGCAGAAACCGCCUGGAGUGCGGCGACAAAGAUGGAUGCGCCAAACCCUUCAGUGGUCUCCACUGCCCAGGUCCCCAGUCCGUUGACCACACUGGUGCCCAGAAGACGCCGCUACACAUUGACUCCAGCCAGGCUGCGUUGGAACCACUUCAACCUCACAUACAGGAUUCUCUCCUUCCCACGGAAUCUUUUAAACCCAGAGGAGACAAGGCAGGGCCUGGCUGCCGCCUUUCGCAUGUGGAGUGAUGUCUCCCCAUUCCGCUUCCGAGAAGUGGCCCCUGAGCUCCCCAGUGACCUCCAGAUAGGUUUCUACCCAGUCAACCACACUGACUGCUUGGUCUCUGCUCUGCACCACUGCUUUGACGGUCCCACGGGUGAACUGGCCCACGCUUUCUUCCCACCCCAUGGUGGCAUUCACUUUGAUGACAGCGAGUACUGGGUCUUGGGCCCCACACGCUACAGCUGGAAGAAAGGCGUGUGGCUCACAGACCUGGUGCACGUGGCAGCCCAUGAGAUCGGCCAUGCGCUGGGACUGAUGCACUCACAGCAACACCAGGCGCUGAUGCACAUCAAUGCCACACUGCGGGGCUGGAAGACGCUGUCUCAGGAUGAGCUGUGGGGAUUACACCGACUCUAUGGCUGCCUGGACCGGCUUUUUGGGUGUGCAUCCUGGGCAAGAAAGGGAUUUUGUGAUACCCACCAGAGGCUCAUGAAGAGGCUCUGCCCCAGAAGCUGUGACUUCUGCUAUGAAUUCCCAUUCCCCACUGUGGCUACCACCACACCACCCACCAGAAUGAAAACAAGGCUGGUGAGAGAGGGUAGGAACAUGACCUUCCACUGUGGGCAGAGGAUCCUGCACAAGAAAGGCAAAGUAUACUGGUACAAGGACCAGGAGCCCCUGGAGUUCUCCUACCCUGGCUAUCUGGCCCUGGGUGAGGCACAGCUGAGCAUCAUUGCCAACGCAGUCAACGAAGGCACCUAUACGUGUGUGGUGCGCCGGCACCAGCGCGUUCUCACUACCUACUCCUGGCGGGUCCGAGUGAGGAGCUGAGCCUGCUAACAGCCUCUGUGCUGGAAACCAGCAGAUAAAGCACUUUCUCUCUGA